AUGGUGCAUGGAUUUGGGAAAGUCUACAAGGGCCUCAUUGAUAAUGGGUCAGUUUCUGUGGCCAUAAAGCGGUGGCUAGUAUCAAAUCCGAGUCAAGGGAAUGGGCAAGGCCAGACAGAAUUCACGGUGGAGAUUGAAACACUGACUCAGUUUCGCCAUCGUAACCUAGUCUCUCUGAUUGGGUCCUGCGAUGAGGAGGGAGAGAUGAUUCUUGUUUAUGACUACAUGUCAAAGGGAACGCUGGCUGAUCACCUCUACAAUCAGUCAACACUCCCGUGGAAUGAACGCCUUAAGAUAUGCAUUGGAGCUGGCCGAGGUUUGGACUAUCUUCACUCUGGUUGUUCCAUCAUACAUCAUGAUGUCAAGCAUACAAACAUCCUUCUGGAUGAAAAUUGUACAGCCAAGGAUCUACAACAAAGGAUCAAAGUGAGGUUGAAGUUGAUAAAGCUGUCAAAGGCCUUUCCUGCCACUGCCAUGAAAGAAGAUGAUGUUCCUUAUGUUCUAUUCGGUGAAACAUAG